AGUUAGGCUAUGCUCUCAGUAGUGAGUCAAUCGUAAAAAGGCACGAGUCUUCUUAUUCAUCGUCAUCAUCAUUAUCAUCAUCGUCGUCAUCAUCAUCUUCCCAUUCUCUUCUUAUUUUAUUUCCUACUUUAAAGUAUAAUGAACCGCGUUGAAAUGAUGAUAAUUACAACGGACCCGUUAAUUAAGCUACCUCGUCAUCCUCGGUGAACGUCUUGUAUUGGAUAAAUUAAACAAAAUAGAAAGAGAAAGAGAGGAAGUUUGAAAGUUAAGAUUUCAAUCAUAAUUGUGCACGUGUAUGUUUGUGUGAUAUUGCAAAUUUAACAAGUUUUCUCAUUAAAAUGACGAAAUAUUGAUUGAAAUAUUUGGAAAAUUAUUUUCGAAAAGGGUUUUUUCCCUAUUCGUAAAAAAAAGGAAAGAAAAUGUUGAGACAUGGAAGAAAUGUUAAACAUAAUUUAGAAUUUAUUUUAAUUAUUGUCAUAUUUUUCAAUCUAUUACGAAUAUCUAAACUUCAGGAUCUUACUAUCGAUAAUCAAUUGGUAAUCAUCGCUAAUGAUUGUUAUACCAGAGUAUCAAUUGGUACAAAAUUACCGGACAAAGAUAUUUCUUUGAUUAUUAAAGCUGAAAGUAUUUCCGAUUGUCAAGAUGAAUGUUCGAAAAGACGAAACACUUGUGUUGCCUUCAGUUUCGGAAUUAGUCAAAAAGGAAACACGAGUUGUGAGUUGAGUUCAAAAAUACCAAAUCCAGAAAAUUGGAAAACUAAUUCUGAUUACGAUGUUUAUUUGCGUACGCAACGUUUACCCAAUUGCGAAUCUGACCGACUUUAUAAAACUGAAAACAAUGGAAAUGAAAGAUUAAAAAAUAAUACGAGAAUGAAUUCAAGAUUUGCCGGUGGUUUAUUUGGAUCGUCAUUGUCUAAUAUUUAUCAACCUAGCAGAUCUGAAAAUAAUGGAAAAAGACCGAACAUUGAACAAUCAUAUCCGUCAUCAUUCGACGACGAUUUACGUAUCAUAGAUAUAGUAAGAAACAAGAAUUACGGUAGCAAAACAAAAAUCUCUAACAAUAAUCAAAAUUAUCCAACAUUUGUUCUAAACGACGAAAUCAAAUUACCGAUUGAGCAAAAUUCACAAACUGGUGACAACAAAUUUGGACAAAAUAUAUAUUUCAACAAAGUAAACGAACAUUUGUUUCAUUUGGAAGAUCCAGGAUUUACUAAAGAUGGAAUAUAUCAUCCAGUACCAUUAAUUUAUCGUCCAUUUUACGAUAACAUUUGGCAAAAUAAAAAUGUCAACAAUUUUCGUCCAAAACCUUACGAAAUGUUGUCUAAACCUGUAAUUAAUAUUUACGACGAUUGUACGAAAAACUUGGCACAUGGAUUAAAUGAUAAUUAUAAAAAGGAUUUUGAUAAUAACGAUAAAGACAAUAGUAUGAUUAUUAAAAAUGAUCAAAGUCAUACGAGUACAAUUUCACCUUACAAUCGAUUCAAUCAAAAUCCAACUAGAUGGAAACCUGUUCAAAGUGGACAUUUUCAACAAUUUCGAUUUAAUCAAACUCGUCCGUUUGUUCAUAAUACGAAUGAUGAUUUUAACAUUGGCAUUAACGAUUAUUACAAGAAAUUUCAAAGCCCAGUUAACGAAGACAUUAAAUCAUGUUACCGAAGAUUAUUGAGCGGCAAAAAAACUGUACAAAUUCACGUAAGAAGAGCUGUCGAGUGUCAAAGAAUAGAAGAGUGCCAUCGAGCCUGCGAUUAUGAAAAAUAUUUCAUCUGCCAAGGCUUCAAUUACAGGCGAUUAGGUCCUGGAUUACGUGGUAUGUGCGAGAUGACGUCAGUACCUUAUUCACGUUUGAACAUUAAUCGAGAUUUCUUAUCAGAUCCACAAUGUGAUUAUUAUGAAAAAGAUUCCAAUUGUCGUCGAGAUGCAAUAGAACAAUCAUCUUGGCCUGGAUCUUAUCAUUUUGGAUCUAAUCGAAGACCGCCACCACCACCACCACCACCACCCAGUGAAAUUCCACGACCCAUCGAUAAUAAUUAUGAUCAAAGACCAUCAUUUUAUCCAAAAAUUCAUUCAGGAUUACCAAUAAAUGUACCACCACAUAGUUACGAAGGUUCCUACGAACCAUCCAAAAAUGUUGACCCAUUUUUUCAAAGAACUCAUUCCUCACCCGAUGGAAGACCUAUCAACAAUUUUAGUGGUAAUGGUUAUUCUUAUGGGAGACCAUUCAUUUCGAAGCCUUCCUAUUAUGGUCCGAAUGACAGACAUUUCAUACAGAAAUAUCCUGAUAGGAGAGUUGAUUAUGGUCCUUAUAAUGAUAUAGGAACAAACGAAAUCGGAUCAUAUUCAUCAGAUCGUCGAAAAGAUAAUCCAACUUAUGGUGGUGUUUAUGGUAGUUCGUACGGAUACGAUACAAAUUACGUUGGUCAUUUUGACGUAUCUAAAUUAGAUCCAAAAUAUCCAUCCCAAGUGAAAAAACUCGAUGGUAGACCACAGGAAAACGAUCAUUUCUAUGGUGAAUUUUAUAAUUACGGUGGUGCCUUUGGUUAUGGUGAUAAUUAUAUACCUGCUGACAGAGAUCAAUUAUACGGUGGAACGAAUAAGGAACAACGAUGUACAGUUAGAGCUGGUGCUGGUUUUAAACUUAUCAGAGGUGUUAUUAGAAAAACAUAUUUAACACCGAGUUUGGAGGAAUGCGAGAAUCUCUGUUUGAAUGAAAAACUAUUUCUUUGUAUGACUAUGGGCUACAGAUACAACAUUGCGGCCACUGAUCCUACCGACAAUUGUUUACUCAGCGAUAUCUCUUAUAGGGAUUUGAAUUUUUACACAGAUAUCGAACCCAAUCGGAAUUAUGAUAUUUAUGCGAUAAUAGGUAAUCCUAGAACUUGUGAUAUGAUGACUCAACGAUAUAAUAAUCAUCAUCAUCAUCAUCAUCAUGAUAAUCAUCAUCAUUAUCCACCCGAUGAAUGUUUCUGGAGAGUAAGAAGUGGCUUUGGUAUGCCAACAGAUGUAAUUAAGAAAUCAAUUUAUGUUAAUAAUCUUGGAGAGUGUCAAGUGGAAUGUACAAUUUCUCGAGAAUUUACAUGUCGAAGUUUUACUUUUAGAUAUGGAUCAGGUGGACCCCAAGAACGAAUUCCAUCUACAAAUUGUUAUCUUAGCGAUUGGCCAACUCAAGAAAUCAAUCCAAUGAACAUGCCAGACCUGGAUGGUGCUGAAUUAUACGAACGAGGUAGUUUUGGACGUGGUUGUGAACCUUAUCCAUUUCCACCAUUUCAAAUUGGAGGACAAAACAAAUUUACACGUGGAGAAGAUGUGUGCUAUUCUGGUUAUCAAAAACCAUGUAGACUUACACCAUAUUCCAUAAUGCUAGCAGUAAACGUUGAUUCUGAAUCAGAAUGUCGUGAAAAAUGUUCAAGAAUUAGACAGAAAGAACCUACACCGUGCAUGUCCUUUAGUUACAAAAUACGAGCUGACAGAGGUGAUCAAAAUUGUCUUUUAAGCGACGUAUCGAUAAGGGAUUUAAGACCAGGAUUGGAUUAUGCUUACGACGACAAUCACGUACUUUACGCUUGGAAGGACCUUGAACCCCAAUGUAUGAUCACAGGAUAUUCCAUAGAUGAUAAUCAUGUAUUUGGUAGUCCAGGUCUUGGAAGACCUCUUCCUCAACCACCACCACAACCACUGCAACCACAACCAGCUAGACCCGAUUUAGGUCCUGGAUCUGAUCAAUCUGAUGGAAUUUAUAUUCCUGAUCCUAGACCAAUUUAUGGACAUGAAGUAUCUAGACCUUUUAACGAUCAGUUUCAUCAUGGAUUAAGACCGUACGAUCCUGAUAGACCCGAUCCCCCUGUUAGGCCACCAAAUGAUCGUCCUUACGGUGGUCAAGGCGAUUAUGGGGAUAAUCAUGGAUAUACGGAUUAUAAUCAUUUUCAUGGAUCUUAUGGACAAGAUGAUAUCAUCCCACCAUCUCCUGAUUUUGCAACCUUCCAACGUUACACCGUCAACGGUUACCCAUGUAAACAGGGUACGAAAUGCGAAAAGAACGAUGUAGUUGGUUUUUGGUCAUGUGAAACAGAAGGAGCAGAACCUGGUAGUUGGGAUUAUUGUUGCGAACCUAGUCAUCGUUGUGGUUACUCUCAAGGAUUUCAUUAUCCAUGGUGUUACGUGGGUUUGUCCAAUGAUCAAUGGAGACCAUGUAGUGAGAAGUAUUAUCCUUACUUACCAAGUUCACGACCGAUUCAACACGAUGCCUAUGGUGGUCAACAUCAUGGCGGCUAUCCUAACGAUGGCAACGGUGAUCGCAACAACGUCAAUUAUUAUGCUAGACAUUGGCCAGUAACUUAUCUUCACAGAGAACCACCACCAAAUUGCACAGACUCCUUGGCAUCGGCAAAUGAUAAUAAAAAUCAUUUAUUGAACGAAUCGUCGAUCGUUUUAUCGCAAAAUAACGGCCGUACUGCGAAAUUUAGAAAUCGCGAAUUUAGACGACGUCUCAUAUCUCGUACCACGAAUAUUGCGAAAAAUCGUAAUGAUGAUGAUGAUGAUGAUGAUGAUGAUGAUAAAGAACACGAUGGUCAAAUAUUGUUCUCGGAAAAACUUGACAAACGAUUCAACGUAGACGAUUCCAAAUUUACGGGAAACACUGAAACAAUAGUAAAACUUAACACAAAUUUAACGUCUUUUAAUUCAACGAUUAUUGAAACACCAUUUAUUACAAAACAACGUAAUCGUAAUAACUCGGAACUCGUACGUAAAACUCGUGAAUAACUCGGAAAAAAA